UUCGUUCCUAAUAUUAGUCAGUCUGAUACCACUGGCUGAAUGAAUCGGUCGUCGGGUCGCGUUCCAGAAAAACUCGCGGGAAAUUCGAAUUUACCGUUCUUGUUUUGAAAAGUGACGUUGGAAAUAUUGAUUGAAAUAAUAUUUUGGAUUGAUAAUAGUGUGUGUGUGUUUUGUGAACUUAUUUGUUUGUGAGUUUGAAGAAUUUUUGAGUUUUUUUGAUCCGGUAUGAAUGCUAACAAGGAAACAGAAUAACAAUCUUCAAAAUGAAUUUCGUCAAAAAAAUAUCAAUCUUUAUCAUAGGCCUUAUAAUCCUCACAAGCGUAGAAGGAAUCAAUGCAGAAGAAUCUAGAACAGGCUUUAAAAACAAUGAAACAAAGUUAAGAUAUAACAAAACAAUUGAAGAUCUCACACCAGACAAUACCACUACAUCUGAUGAACCAUCAAAAGAAAACGCAACAGAAGUAUGCGUAGGCCAAAAGGAAUUUUGCAACUUAAGUAAAGAAGAAUACGUUUCAAUGUUGAAUAACUACAUUUACCCGCACACUUACGAAUGGGUACUGAUAGGUACUCACACAUUGGUAUUUAUAACAGGAUUGGUGGGGAAUGCUUUAGUGUGCGUGGCCGUGUACAGGAAUCAUUCUAUGAGGACGGUGACGAAUUAUUUUAUAGUUAAUCUGGCUGCUGCAGAUUUUAUGGUGAUUCUGUUUUGCUUGCCUGCUACGGUCUUAUGGGAUGUCACUGAAACUUGGUUCUUAGGAGAUGUGCUGUGUAAAAUGCUGCUAUAUUUCCAGUCAGUAUCAGUGACUGUGUCAGUGCUGACGCUGACGUUCAUCUCCGUGGACCGCUGGUACGCCAUCUGCUUCCCGCUCAAGUUCAAGUCCACCACCGGCCGCGCCAAGACCGCCAUACUUAUUAUAUGGACUUUGUCUCUUAUAUUCAAUGCACCAGAACUCGUGGUACUGACUACAGAGAAGUCAGUGCCUCUAAGAUUCGAGUUGGAGUACCUCGUCCAGUGCGUCGCGACGUGGUCAUCGAAUAGCGACCUUGUGUGGCACGUCAUAAAAGUCAUUUUCAUUUACACACUACCACUUCUACUGAUGACCGUGGCGUACUACCAGAUAGUGAAGGUGCUGUGGCGAUCUGAGAAGAUACCAGGUCAUGCAGAGACAAUGAAACUGGCACCCGCCGAACAGACUCAGCUACGUUCCCGAAGGAAGGCAGCUAAGAUGUUGGUGGCGGUGGUCAUCAUGUUUGCCGUCUGCUACUUUCCUGUGCAUCUGCUCUCUGUACUCAGGUACACAUUAGACAUGGAGCAGAACGACGUGAUCACCUGUCUCGCUCUCAUCUCCCAUGUGAUGAUCUACGCCAACUCUGCCAUCAACCCUUUGAUUUACAACUUUAUGAGUGGCAAAUUCCGACGCGAAUUUCGUCGGGCUUUCUGCUGUUCAACCGCAAGUGAUUUAGAAAAUUUCACCACAUUAAGCCGCAUUACCACGUCCAAGAAACGACCCUGUGACCUUAUGACCUUUGAGACCAAAACCCAAGGUCGAAAUGUAUGCAGCACUACCUUUGUACACAGUAGCUAUAAGGAUAGGUUAACAUAAUAUGGAACUGAAUUAAGAAAGCUGUAAGUUGAAUUAAGGUCGAAAGUUGAAAGGUGAUAAAUUAGUAUUGGAGGAUGUUAGGUUUCUAGACGAGUAAGAAUCUAUUUAAUUUGUUAUUUAAAAAAUCUUGAUGAGUGUAUAUUUCUGAGUGAAUUUUCAAAGUGUAGUACAUAUUUAGCUUAUUUUCAAGGAAUGAUGCAAACUUAUAAGAGCAUCUUUUAUUUGAAAGAAAAACUUUUCAAAUAGGAUUCAAUUGGCUAAGGAUAGGAUUGAUGUUUUUUUGUUCUUUCAGAUAGUCAAAUUAUAAUAAAGUUAAAAAAAAAAUAAAAAACAAAACAACAGUCAAUUUAUACCUCACGUCCAAUGAAGCACAAUUAUCGAAAAACUUUUGUAAAAUAAAACAGUGUAUGACUUUAUAUCUGACAUGUUUCAACAAAACACAUUUUUAUAAGCAGAUUAAUCAAAAAAAUACUUAUAAAUAAAUAAUUGUUACACAACUUUUCUCAAGAGAACGUCUCAUUUGGCUAACGAUCUCACGCUUGGGUCGAGUUUCAUCGGCAGAUGAAAAAUGAGUCCCUCAAAUGAUUCACCAAGCGCUUUAAAGAGAUUGGAAGCCUGAUAUGUGUAUAUAUAUCAUUCACUCGAUGCGAUCGGUGUAAUGCGUACCGAAUAUAAACCAUAAGAGUACUUUUGUAAAAAAUAAAACAUUUGCGCUGUUUCAGAUGUCAUAUAAUAUUAUGUUUAUGCAUACAUACAAAAGUUCGUCUAAAUAUUUUUUUAAAGAAAUUUUCUAGGUAAAUAUGUACAAGUGUAUUUUGUUAUGUAAAGUUAUAUGAAAUGUAUACAAAUCCGUCUAUAAACCGAGUCAUAUAAAAUCGUUUUAGGAGUUUGUAUUUUUUACAUAUUUUUAUGUCUGGAUCUCUAUCUCUUGAACUUAGAUUUUUUGCAUUUUCAAUCUUAUUUGGUAAAUCUAAGAGUGUUUUUAUAAGAAAAAAAUAAUGUUUUCCGGAGUCUUGUCAAAAUUGUUUUUUUUUUUUUAUUAUAUUUGUAAUGAGUGUAAAAAGGCCGUUCCCAUAUAAACAAGGAUUUCUUCUCAGGUCUUAAAAAAAUAAAUUAAGUAAGAUUCUUUAAAAUCUUUGCAGCAUCUCCUACCUAUCCAAAAAGGCGUUUCUAUAUAGCUAUUAUUAAUUAAAUUGUACUAUGAUUAUUUCACUAUCUCUACUAGUCAUAAAGUAUUAGUCAAAAUUCUCUAGUUUUGUACAGAAUCGAUGUUAUUACAUAUAAUAUUGUGAUUUACUUUAUUUAUAUUGUCAUGCAGUUUUCGUAAUAAAUAUUGCAUUUUAAUAAUA